GUUUAGAGCAGCGACAUGCAGACGAGCGGACAGCGCACUUUGCCACCCAGUUUGCGUUCACCUGCGCGUCGUCGGGCUGAGUCCUGCUAACGGAGUCCGGAGGUGCGCUCGGCCGUUCUGAGGGGAACAUAAGGAGACAACGGACUCUCUCUCUCUCUCUCUCUCUCACACACACUUGUCCUCUCUCUCCCUCACACGCACACUCGGAGACGCCCGCUCACUCAAUAGCAGAGCCGCGCCCGGAUCGCAUCCCACAGCACAGCGCUCUGCCCGCUCUCCUGCUAUAGCAUGGCCAGUUCGAGUAAAGCGACUUUAAUCUUGCUCGUCUACGGAAUCUUAAUGCACUACAGCGUCUUCUGCACACCUAUCGGACUAAGUUACCCUAAGAUUAGACUCGACAACGACGCCUUCGAUGAGGACGGGAAUUCAUUAUCCGACAUGGGUUUCGACAGCGAUCAGAUUUCCAUCCGGAGCCCCCCAUCCCUAAACGACGACGCGUACACGUUGUACUACCCGCCAGAGCAAAGACCAGAAAGGCAUGCUGAGGAAGAAUUAGAUAGAGCCUUGAGGGAGAUCCUGGGUCAGUUAACAGCGAGACAUUAUCUGCAUUCUCUGAUGACAAUUCGUGCAGGCGAUGACAACAGCAUGGAGGAAGAGUCCGAGCCCUUGUCCAAACGACACUCAGAUGGGAUCUUCACCGACAGCUACAGUCGCUAUAGAAAGCAGAUGGCCGUGCAGAAAUACCUGGCGGCGGUUCUGGGGAGAAGGUACAGACAGAGAGUUAGGAACAAAGGACGCCGACUUGCCUAUUUGUAGCCUUCUUAAAGCGCCCAAACUGCCCUCCUGUGUAUAUACAUCCAGUCGUUAAAUCAAAGUCAUUCAGAUAUAUCUGACCAACCAGUGGAUUGCGCCUGUGUUCUUUCAACAUGUAUUUAUGUAUGAAGUAAAGCCAUUAAAAUGAAUAUUUUAAUAAUAAUAUCGUUUUUUUUUUUCUUUUUGUACAAAAGCACUUGAUACCGCACAGUUAUACUUUGUGGACCAAUAUUUUAUUUUUCAUGUUGAGAUGUUGAAAACAAAACAAAAUGGCAAAAAAAGAAGAAAUUAGAAGAAGAAGAAAAAAGAAAAAAAAAAGAAAAUUGUGCACCUUCAACAUUAUGCGCUUGAAACUUUAAAGGUCAUCUACAUAUGCAGAAAAUAAAUAGAUUUUAAAAAGACAA